GGCGGCGGCAGCGGCUGCGGCAGCGAGAGCGGAGGCCGGGUGGGUGGCGGGUAGCGGGGCCUCGGACACCGGGAUGGACGUUUCGGGGCAGGAGGCCGAUUGGCGGAGCGCCGCUUUCCGGCAGAAGCUGGUCAGUCAAAUCGAGGAUGCCAUGAGAAAAGCUGGCGUGGCCCACAGUAAAUCCAGCAAGGAUAUGGAGAGCCAUGUGUUCCUGAAGGCCAAGACACGGGACGAGUACCUUUCUCUUGUGGCCAGGCUCAUCAUCCAUUUCCGAGACAUCCAUAACAAGAAAUCUCAAGCUUCCGUCAGUGACCCUAUGAAUGCGCUCCAGAGCCUGACUGGUGGACCCCCUGCUGGAGCAGCUGGAAUCGGCAUGCCGUCUCGGGGCCCAGGACAGUCCCUGGGCAGCAUGGGAGGCCUUGGUGCCAUGGGGCAGCCAAUGCCCCUGUCAGGGCAACCUCCCCCUGGCACCUCCGGGAUGGCCCCACAUGGCAUGGCUGUUGUGUCCACUGCAACCCCACAGACCCAGCUGCAGCUCCAGCAGGUGGCUCUGCAGCAGCAGCAGCAGUUCCAGCAGCAGCAGGUGGCGCUGCAGCAGCAACAGCAGCAGCAACAGCAGCAGCAGUUCCAGGCUCAGCAGAAUGCCAUGCAGCAGCAGUUCCAGGCUGUGAUGCAGCAGCAGCAGCAGCAGCUCCAGCAGCAGCAGCAGCAGCAGCAGCACCUGCUCAACAAGCAUCUGAUUCAGAACCAGCAGCAGAUACAGCAGCAGCAGCAGCUGCAGCGGAUGGCACAGCUGCAACUCCAGCAGCAGCAGCAGCAACAGCAGCAACAGCAGCAGCAGGCGGCCCUGCAGGCGCAGCCCCCGAUGCAGCAGCCUCAGCCGCCCCCUUCCCAGACCCUGCCCCCGCAGCUGCAGCAGAUGCACCACACGCAGCACCACCAGCCACCGCCGCAGCCCCAGCAGCCCUCGGUGGCUCAGAACCAGCCUUCCCAGCUCCCGCCGCAGUCCCAGACGCAGCCCUUGGUGACUCAGGCUCCGGCCCUCCCUGGACAGAUGCUGUACCAGUCACAGCUGAAGCUGGUCCGGGCACCAAUGGUGAUGCAGCAGCCGCAGGUGCAGCCCCAGGUGCAGCAGGUGCAGCCCCAGGUGCAGCCCCAGGUGCAGCCGCAGACAGCUGUCCCUGCAGCUCAGGCCUCCCAGAUAGUGGCUUCUGGCGUCCAGAUGAUCACCGCAGCCUUCGCCCAAGGCGGGAUGCCAAGAGCCCGGUUCCCGCCCUCCAGCGCCGUCUCAGCCGUCCCGUCAAGCUCCAUCCCCAUGGGCGGACAGCCCUCGGCACAGGUCAGCCAGAGCAACCUCGCCAUCCUGUCCUCGCCAUCGCCCGGCCAGCAGGUGCAGACCCCGCAGUCGAUGCCCCCGCCCCCACAGCCAUCCCCGCAGCCGGGCCAGCCCAGCUCACAGCCCAACUCCAACGUCAGCUCUGGCCCGGCCCCCUCCCCCAGUAGCUUCCUGCCCAGCCCCUCGCCACAACCCUCCCAGAGCCCAGUGACUGCGCGGACCCCACAGAACUUCAGUGUGCCCUCCCCGGGGCCUCUGAACACCCCUGUGAACCCCAGCUCGGUCAUGAGUCCAGCAGGCUCCAGCCAGGCCGAGGAGCAGCAGUACCUGGACAAGCUGAAGCAGCUGUCCAAGUACAUCGAGCCGCUGCGCCGCAUGAUCAACAAGAUCGACAAGAACGAAGAUAGGAAAAAAGACCUGAGUAAGAUGAAGAGCCUUCUGGACAUCCUGACUGACCCCUCCAAACGGUGCCCCCUGAAGACAUUGCAGAAGUGUGAGAUUGCCCUGGAGAAACUCAAGAAUGACAUGGCGGUGCCCACCCCCCCGCCCCCGCCGGUACCUCCAACCAAGCAGCAGUACUUGUGCCAGCCCCUCUUGGACGCUGUGCUGGCGAACAUUCGCUCACCCGUCUUCAACCAUUCCCUGUACCGCACGUUUGUGCCAGCUAUGACGGCCAUCCACGGCCCACCCAUCACGGCCCCAGUGGUAUGCACCCGAAAACGUAAGAUUGAAGAUGACGAGCGACAGAACAUUCCCAAUGUGCUCCAGGGGGAGGUGGCCAGGUUAGACCCCAAAUUCCUGGUGAACUUGGACCCAUCUCACUGCAGUAACAAUGGCACCGUCCACCUGAUAUGCAAGCUGGAUGACAAGGACCUCCCCAGUGUGCCCCCGCUGGAGGUCAGCGUGCCUGCCGACUAUCCCGCCCAGAGCCCGCUGUGGAUUGACCGGCAGUGGCAGUACGACGCCAACCCCUUCCUGCAGUCCGUGCACCAGUGCAUGACCUCGAGGCUGCUGCAGCUCCCCGACAAGCACUCGGUCACAGCCCUGCUCAACACCUGGGCCCAGAGCAUCCACCAGGCCUGCCUCUCGGCCGCCUAGCCGCCUCCACUGCUGCUGCAGGCCGGCCCUCCGCCAGCCCGCUGGGGACCUCGGGGGCAGCUGGCAGCCUUGUGGAGAGCACCGAAGACGUCUGCCUCGUGGUGGACGUUUCUGGGUGUUGGCCCCCUGGAGAGCCUGGGCUUAGGUUAGCUUUCUUGCUUUUAUCUUCCGCCAUGGGGACCUACCGAAUGUUCUUCCACACUUGUACAAGACUGGGACCUGCGGCCGUGGAGCUGGCUGCACCCUGGUGGGACAGAACCUGCUCAGGGAGUCACACACGCCCCUGGCCGGGGCUCUCCGCUGCCCUCCCCGAGCCUCUCCAGGGCUGCGGCCACACUCAGUACCUGGGGGAUCUCAGGGUCUCCUUAGAGCAGUGUGCGCGUGCGUGCGUGCGAGUGUGUGUGUGUAUGAACACUUAUUUCUGUAGGGGAACAGGGAGCACAUAGGAAACCCUCCAGACCCACAGAUCUCUGAUCAGUUUGAGGUUCAGACUGUGCCCCCAUUGGCAUAAGGGCCACGUGACAGCAAAGCUCCCGGAUUCAGGGGCGCCACCGUGUCUCAGAGGGAAGGCUGACCAGGGGCCACUGCACGCUCCCUUCGCCAGCUGGGCCCCAUACCUCAUGGCAUUCCCUUCCAAGCCCUGGGGGUGUCUGGGAAGACCCUGUGCCUGACACUGUACCCAUAGUUGGAUGUUUGGUCAGGGGUCACCUGGAAACCCAGUGUCCUCAGGGCCACUCCAGAGUCCGAGAAUUCCCCAACAGGGCGCCACUGGCCUCUGAUGACAAGAGGUCCCCCUUUUAUAUGUGCACUACCAUGUCCUCUGUGGUUCUUAUAAUAAAUUUAUUAUUCCUGUG